AUGUCUAGGGAAGACUUGUCCACUGCCGAAGGUCUCAACCAAAUGAGCAAACCUCUACUCAAAGUGAAGUUGCUGGAAGUUUUGGGCCAGGGAGACUUCAAACAUUUAAAGGCGCUCGUGGAUAAUCAAUUUCAGCCCAAAGAUGACCCAUCUGUGCAACAAGUUCUUAAUUUAAUUCUACACUAUGCUGUCCAGGUAGCCCCUAUCCUUCUUAUCAAGGAAAUUGUUGCCCAUUGGGUGGACCAAGUAGAUGAGGGGAAGAGUUCAAGUAAAAGCGAUGAUGAUAUCCAUCUAGACUUGAACUAUCAGGAUGAAAAUGGCAAUACACCAUUGCAUCUAGCUGCUGCUCAAUCUCGUUCGGAUGUGAUCAGUUUCCUACUUAGCCAGAAGUCCAUCAAUGAUUGUAUCAAGAAUAAGGCUCAUCAGCAACCUUUGGAUAUGUGCAAAGAUCUGAAUGUGGCGCAAAUGAUUCAAUUGAAAAGAGAUGACUAUUUUUUGGAAACAGUUCAUUCAUUGAGAGCCGCCAUGAAUAAAAGAGACUUUUCGAAAUUGGACAUGAUUUGGAAAAGUCCAAGAAAUUUAAAUUUAUUAGAUAUUAACGGCAUAGAUCCUGAAACCGGAACGACAUUGCUGUAUGAAUAUUCACAAAAAAAAGACAUUGAAAUGUGCCAGUGGUUGCUGAAGCAUGGUGCAGAAGCAACAGUUAAAGAUGGAAAAGGACGGUCGCCAUUGGACUUGGUCAAGAGUAUAAAACUGCCCACUAAACCGUCCAACAACAUUACACCGGAAAUUAAAUUGAAGAAUUUACUUGAAAAGAAUUUGAAAGAACAAGCUAUUGUCCAUGAAAAUGUUGCACCGAGUAUGCCUCCUACGUAUAAGGGGUUUUUAAAGAAAUGGACAAAUUUUGCCCACGGGUACAAGUUACGUUGGUUCGUUUUAAGUGAAGAUGGUAAUCUAUCAUAUUACAAAGACCAAUCGCAUACUGAUAGACCUCGUAGUACCUUGAAAGUUUCGACAUGUCGUUUACACAUCGAUUCUUCAGAAAAACUGAAUUUUGAGUUGCUGGGUGGCCUUACGGGCACUACAAGAUGGCGUUUAAAGGGCAAUCAUCCCAUUGAAACAACUAGGUGGGUCAAUGCCAUACAAAGCGCUAUUAGAUUCGCCAAAGACAAGGAGAUAUUAAACAAAAAAAGGGCAGUACCACCAUCAUUGGCUAUGAAGAGCAAAUCUCCAGCCCUGAUAUCGCAUUCCAAAACUCAAGGCUCUCUUCCAGAAGCUUCGCAAUACUAUCAGCAUGCUUUGCAUAAAGAGGUUAUUCAGCCCUCGUCUGUGAGUCUUUAUCGAAGACCAAGCAACAACCUAUCCGUUGUAUCUAGCGAAAUUCAACUGAAUGAUAAUUUGACUGAAUCAGGCAAGCGCUUUGUUAGUAAAAUGAUUGAAAACCGGUUGGAUGGUAGCAAAACGCCUGUAGGAGUACACGCAGGUUCCGCCCUACAAAGAGUUCGCAGUAGCAAUACUUUGAAAAGUAACCGGAGUGUCCAAAGUGGCUCAGGUGUGGCUAGUCCUAUAGAUAAGGUUCCUAACAGUGCGAAUAUGAGCCAGUCUAAUACAACAACAGGAUCUACUGCUUCCUUGAGUGAUAAUAACUUUAUUGCUAAUUUCGAAGGUGACGAAGCAAAUUCAGAUGAUGAUGAGGAAGACCUUGGAAUAAAUUUUGAUCGUGAUGAAGAAUACAUCAAAGCACAGUAUGGGCCAUAUAAGGAGAAACUUGAUAUGUAUGAGCAAGCGAUCAGUAUAGAAUUGAGUUCUUUGAUUGAACUAAUUGAUCAAGAGGAGCCAAGUCCUGAAGUUUGGCUUACAAUAAAGGGAAGUCUCAUCAACACAUCAACCGUAUUUGGUAAAUUAAAGGAUCUGACUUAUAAAAGAGACAAAAGAUUGGUAGACAUGGUUUCGAAACAAGGGGAUGUUAACAACGUUUGGGUGCAAUCAGUCAAGGAGCUAGAAAUCGAGUUGUCGAACAAAACUGAACGUCUAGCAUCCAUUGAUAAAGAAAGAAGAGGUCUGAAAAAAAUACUACACAAGAAACUGUUGGAAUCACAAGCCUCUGUUGGUAAGAAGGAAGCGUUGGAAAAUGACGAACAGGAAUCAGAUACAACGGCAAGUACUCUCGGUCAAAUCGCGAAAUUCAUCAGCGCUACAAAGGAAGAAGAUGAAGCAUCUGAUGCUGAAGAGUUUUAUGAUGCCGCGGAAUUAGUUAAUGAGGUAACUGAAUUGACGGAGACACAUCCUGAAGUUUCGAUGGCCGCAGCUCCCAAGCAUGCUCCCCCUCCAGUUCCAAGUGAAGCGGAUAACGAAAGUCGGUAUGUCCGGGAUAAAGAAGCUAAAAAGGAACCAGAGGUUGAGAAAACAAGUCAAAAUUUUGAAGGACCAAACAAUCUAGCUACAGAAGAGGAACCAAAAACUGAGCAACCAUCGAAGGACUUCAAAGCGGAAGACGGAGAAAGCCAAGUGAAGGAGAAAACGAAAGAGAUAGCAUCCUCAGUUGUCGGCGGAAAGAAUAUAGUUGCAGUUACAACGGUACAAAAGAGAAAAGAAGAAUAUUUGCUCAAAGAGGGAUCUUAUCUUGGUUAUGAAGACGGUAUUAGAAAAAGGCUAUCCAUGGAUAAGGACGAUAGGCCGAAAAUUAGUCUUUGGGCUGUUUUGAAAUCGAUGGUGGGCAAAGAUAUGACAAGAAUGACAUUACCCGUUACUUUCAAUGAACCUACAUCCCUUCUACAAAGAGUGGCAGAGGAUUUGGAGUAUUCAGAACUAUUAGACCAGGCUGCGAUGUUUGAAGAUUCAUCUUUGAGAACUCUAUAUGUCGCGGCCUUCACGGCAUCUUCAUAUGCAUCUACUACAAAAAGAGUUGCAAAACCUUUCAACCCGUUGUUGGGUGAAACAUUUGAGUAUUCUCGUCCAGACAAACAGUACCGAUUUUUCACUGAGCAAGUUUCACAUCACCCUCCUAUCUCUGCAACAUGGACUGAAUCGCCAAGAUGGGAUUUUUGGGGUGAAUCAUUUGUUGAUACUAAAUUUAAUGGCAGAUCUUUCAAUGUUAAGCAUUUGGGUUUAUGGCACAUCAAGUUGCGUCCAAAUGACAAUGAAAAAGAGGAACUGUAUACUUGGAAGAAGCCCAAUAAUACUGUUAUAGGUAUACUUAUUGGUAACCCACAAGUUGAUAACCACGGUGAAGUGAACGUUAUCAAUCACACAACCGGUGAUUACUGCAAACUGUAUUUCAAAGCAAGGGGAUGGAGGUCAUCAGGAGCAUAUGAAAUCACAGGUGAAGUCUAUAACAAGAAGAAACAGAAGGUGUGGAUUCUUGGAGGGCACUGGAAUGAAGCUGUUUUUGCCAAGAAAGUAGUGAAGGAUGGCGAUCUUUCGUUGGAGAAAACCAGAACCGCUGCAUCAGCUGGGAACGGACCUACGGAUGAUGGAACGAAGUUUUUAAUAUGGAAGGCGAACGACCGUCCUGAGGAGCCAUUCAAUUUAACGCCUUUUGCUAUUACGCUGAAUGCUCCACAACCACACCUAUUGCCAUGGUUACCCCCUACAGAUACACGUUUGAGACCAGAUCAAAGAGCAAUGGAAGACGGGCGUUAUGACGAAGCAGGAGAUGAGAAAUUCAGGGUUGAAGAAAAGCAAAGAGCAGCACGCAGAAAGAGGGAGGAAAACAACAUUGAAUAUCAUCCUCAAUGGUUUGUCAGGGAUACACAUCCUAUCACAAAGGCUAAAUAUUGGAGAUAUACGGGCAAAUACUGGGUUAAAAGAAGAGAUCAUGAUUUGAAAGAUUGCGGUGACAUCUUUUAG